AUUAUAUGGAGCCGCCGAAAGCCUAAAGCGUGAAGACGGGCCACGCGAUGACAUGCGGGGGUAAAGUGAUGGAAGAGGUCAGCGGGCAGUUCUCAGAGCUGAUUCCAGUGGUGCUGCCUGUGUGGCUAUCAGGCCUUGCCACAUCCACUGCUCACUAAUAUCACCUAUACCGAGUCUGGACCGCCAUGAAGCCAGCCCACGAGCGCAACCAGGAGUGCCUCCCUCCAAAAAAGCGGGACCUUCCAGUCAGCAAUGCCGCCACUUCCACACCCAACAACAACAGUAGCAGCAGUAGCGCAGGAGGCGGUGGCGGUGGAGGAGAGGAAACUCCGUCCUCACAAAGCUCUGGAUCUAGUGGAGAACCUCAGGGUGGUGGAGGGAGUGGUGAGUGGGUGAGGACUCAGCCUAGUCUGCCCUAUGGCGUUGAGGGGGCAGACAGCCUAGCCGGGCUACCAGUGGAUCAGUACAGCAUGCUCUACAAAGUAGCUCUCCCUUCUGUCAGCUACUCUCCAAACAGCCUACACCCUGUGCACAUUUCCCCUGCCUACACGGUUCCAUCCCCACUCCUGCAGCACCCUGGCAUCCCCUACCCUCCUCUCGGGUACACACCGAUCCCUCACUCCUCCUUGCAGUUUGUUAGUUCCCAUUACGCUGCCGCUGUUCCCUACGCGGUACCAUCAGGGUUUGUUCCCAGCCCCUUGAUAUCGCCACAGUCCGCAAUUCCCCAGCCACACCCAGUCUCCCAUCUUGUCCCUUAUCCGUCAGUCAUCCAAGAAGGCAUGGUCUCAUCACCACCCCAGCAGCAGGUGUCUACCCAUGCAUAUGCUAAAGUGGCAGCACCUGGAGGUGUCCCAAUGGUGCUGUCCUCCGAGCAGGCUGCAGCUCAGCAACAGCUCAGCACAGUAGGGAUGUUGCCAGCAGCAGAGCUCAGUCCGAGGGGAAUGCCCGUCUUUUAUCACCCUUCUGGCAGCACCAGGUCUGUCCAACCUCAGAGGGAAGAGCAAGAGAGGGAGGUGAACGGAGGGGAGAGGGAACACGGAGGCAGGGAGCCGCACCAAGACACAGUUUAUGCGGUCAGGAACGCACGGCCACCUCAAGCAGUCCCCGGAGCAGCUGUACUGGAGCCCCAGCAGGACAGGAGCCUGAAGAUCUUCAGGCACGAGGGCAGAGCUUCACCUGGUCAACGUAGCACGCCAGACACGGACCUAGAGGUGCAGCAGGUAGUUGGGCGGUUAGCCUCACCGGUCCAUGGGAGUCGUAGGGAGACCGUGCAUGGCCUGUCCCAGAAUUCACUGAGGAACAGAGAAGUUCAGGGGGAGGGCACGCCUGCAUAUGCCCCACACCCUGCGGUCCAGCAAGAUCCUAGAGCCCCACCUCAUCAGCAACAGACAGUGCAGCCUGGCCACGCUGUGAUCUUGGCAAACGGGCAGCCGGUUCUUGUGCCCCUGGAUUAUCAUCACCAUCAGCAGCAACAGCUGCAUCCGCAGCCUCAGCACUACCCAGGGCAGCCUAAUGAUGCUGCAGCCACUGCAGCCUCUCCGCUGUUGCACCACAAAGCCUCAGAUGCUGCAGCCACGGUGGGCCUGCCGGAGCGGCAGGUGGUGGAACUGCCUACUCAGCAGCCUGCAGCCUGCAGUGUGGUGACCCAGACUCUCCCACCACCACCACCCGUUGCGCCCACCGGCCCCUCACACUUCAUGAAGGGGGCCAUCAUUCAACUGGCUACUGGGGAGCUGAAGCGCGUGGAGGACUUGCAAACCCAGGACUUUGUUCGUAGCGCUGAGAUGAGCGGAGGACUGAAGAUUGACUCGAGCAUGGUGGUAGACAUCCGAGCCAGCCAGCAGCGACCAGGCCUUGUGUCGCUGCACUUCACUGUCGGGGAGCAGCAGAGCAAAGUGACCAUUGACGUGCCCCCGGAACAUCCUUUCUUCGUCUUUGGCCAGGGCUGGUCGUCCUGCAGCCCUGAACGGACAGCCCAGCUCUAUGGCCUCACCUGUCACCAUCUCCAAGUGGGUGACGUUUGCGUGUCCAUCACUCUGCAGCAGCAGCCUGCACCCCAGCAGAAGCCAACACCGCUGUCGCAGCAGCAGCAGCCAAUACAUGCUAGGACUUCCACCAAAGCCAACUCCACAUCAGGGGCCUCCUCCUCACAGCCCAUGGGGCCUCCAGCUCCGCAGCAUAUCAGGCCUCAGAGCCAGUUCAAGAUGGAGCGCAUCCAGAGGGAAAAGGACCGAGAGAGGGCAGAUAAGGAGGAGCCCAUGACAGUUGGGGCUUUGGGACACAGCAACAUUCACCCCAGGCCGAACAGGACUUCGGUGGAGCACACGCGAAGCCAGAGCAGUUACUAUUUGCACACCGAGGGGCAGCACGCCCGGGCUGGGGUGGCAUUGGCUGCCUCUUCGGCGGGGGCAUCCCAGAGGCGCUGGUCUGCCCCCGGCUUCCAAAGAUACACCAUCAAGAGCGAGGAGGGGGGCCGAGCCCCGGCCACCACCCCAGGCUCCUCUCGCCCCUCUUUCAUCCCUCAGGAGGUCAAACUGUCCAUCGAGGGGCGCUCCAAUGCCGGGAAGUAGCAACAGCUGUGGCAAGAGACACAAUAGCGAGAGAUUUUUGGCGGGAGGAAAGUGUCAAAUAAUGGGAAGAUGAGAAAGAAGGAACAGGAGAGAGAAUGUAGCCUCAGAAUGUUUUGAGAUUUUGCACACAUCAGAAGAUUACAUCCCUUUUUCUUUUUUCUUAGUUGUUCCAGGCUUGAGGGAGAGCACUUGGUCUAGUUAGUGCCAGUUCACUGCCAUCAGUAGCGAUGGCGAGACUGAACAUCUGCACUGGCUGCUUUAGCUGGUAAAUCAUCUACCAAAGCCUUCACAGUCUGUGUUCCUAUUUUGCGGAUAAAAUAUUGUUACGUUCGGCAGCGAUCACCUACACAAAGAUGUCUCGCGGCUCUUUGAAUAAAUGUCUAUUGAAAGGUUUGUGGAGUAAGAAUGGGAUGCAGCCAUAGGAUCUUUGCAAUCCUGCCUGUUUUUUA